GCGGGUUAUGCGGUAGUUAUUUCACACAGCAAUGGCAGCCCUGCAGCUUGCAGAAAUGCAGCGAGGGCGAUAUGCUGCCCUUGCCAUCGCUGCAGUGGUCAUUGUGGUGGGCAUCCCACUUUGGUGGAAGACCACCGAGACCUACCGCGCCUGGCUCCCUUUCUCUGAGAUCAGCGAACUCGACUCCCUCCAGCUUCAGCUAAGUGUUGAUAUCGAGGUGGUCUUCUCGCGAGGAACACUGACCCCAGAACAGCAGAAAAAGUUUCCACUUAGCCAUGUCAAUCAAAAGGAGCACCAAGUUGAUGCUAAAACAGGUUUGCGGUACAAAUAUGAAACCAGAUAUCGCACUGCCACUAUAAUGGAGGAAGACGCCUUGAAUCAGCCCACUGCUGCAGAGGCAGAUCUAUCCUUACACAUGCUCUCUGAGAGUUCUUGUGGGUCUGUGGUUGUAUAUGUGAUCCCCGAGUCCGCCGCCCUUCUGCCAGAGGAUGUGAAAGUGUACGUGGGGCAACGGCGCACUGCGCUGCUACGUUCUCCUCCCUUUAAAAGUUCUUGGAGUCUGAAGGAAGUCCUAUCAAAUCUGGACAUGGAGGUGGAGCAAGUGGUAAGCACCAUGUCCUUUAGUCACCAGGAUAUAGUAGCUGCCCUGAGCGACCGUGUCCGCAUGGCCAAAGUGACUAAGGAGAGUAUGGCAGACAGCAUGCGGGCCAUCAAAUCCAGUCCUGGCUACGAGAUCACAUUCAGUCUGCUCAACCCAGACCCAAGGUCACACAGUCUUCACUGGGAUAUCGAAGGUGCCGUUCAAAGCUGCAUUCAGCCUUUAUUGAACAAACUUGCCCCUAUAGCCAACUUUUCAGUGGACUCUCAGAUUCUGUAUUAUGCCGUUCUGGGUGUGAAUCCUCGAUUUGACAACAGUGUGUCAGCAUAUACACUCAGUGCAGACAGCCUGUCACAUGUUAUCAACCCUGUUGAGGCCAGACUAGGUUCCAAUGCAGCUUCCUCUAACCCUGUCUUGAACUUCCUGCUAUAUGUGCCAGAUUCCCACCACUCUCCUCUUUUCAUCAGAGACCACAGCAAACGGGAGGUGCCCUCUAACGCCUUCCACAGCCCUCGUUGGGGCGGCAUUAUGGUGUACAAUGUGAAUGAAAUGUACGGACCUGAAGCUGAACGUCCUGUAGAUAUCAACAUUAAUAUGGCUAAAGUGAUGGGUGUGUUUUUGGCACAGUUACGGCUCAUGCUGGGAGUGCAGCAUACUCAUCCUCCCACAGGCUUUGUGCUGCAGAGCCCAGGCAGCGCUGGACUGGCUGAUUGGGAGCUGGACCGACUCCUGUGGAGCCGCAGUGUGGAGAACAUCGCCACUGCCAGCACCACCAUCACCUCGCUGGCUCAGCUCCUCGACCAGAUUGGAAACAUCGUCAUCAAUGACAACAUCGCACAGCAGGUUUCCAGCGCAGUGACGUCGCUCCAGUCUGCUGUCGCCGAGUUAGAGGCUGGGAACCUGGCCUUUGCGCUUCAGUACAGCAGGGAGGCCAUUUUGGCUUCAGAGAGGGCCUUUUUCGACCCCUCUCUUUUGCAUCUUCUUUAUUUUCCAGACGAUCAGAAAUUCGCCAUCUAUAUUCCUCUUUUCCUACCCAUGUGUGUACCUAUUGUGCUCUCGCUACUGAAAAUUGUGAGUGAAGCUAAGAAAAAGCGAGCAGAUAAACAAGCCAAAAGUGACUAAGAAACCACGGCUUGUUUGAUGCAUACACACUAAUGGCUGCAUUUGUGUAGCAUGUUCAAAAAACACACUGAUUCAUUAAGAGAUGAUGUGUGUGGUGUACAUUUACAUUUUAUUUAUUAGACCAAUAGUCUAACUGUCAUUGGAUGAAAAAGAACUGAUAUGAAAUCCGGAUUAUAUGCUUAAAUUUACGAAGGCAGCUGUACUGAACAAUGAAUGAGUGUGAAUAAAAGUGCA